UAGAUGCUUUUCUUUUUGACAUUUAUAUGUAUUGAUUGAUUGUUUUCAUGCUUUAACUUUCCCUGUGUAUGUAAAAGUAAAAAAACUCUGCAACAUAUACCAGAAGCGAGGGUGGUGCAGAAAGUCUUGUGACUCAGAUCCCAAUAUACCGACGCUCUCGAUAUUAUACACUAACCACACAAACAAUCUGCCUUUCUUUUCUUUGUUUUCCAUUCUCUUUCUUCCGUUAAAACCAGGGUUCAGUUCACUCUAAAAAAACCCACUUUUCCCGUUAGUACUUGGGGUUCAGAGAAAAUGCAAGAACCGGCUGGGUUAGGCAUGGUGAGCAGUGGUGGAAGCGAUGGGAUUGGAGGGUUAAGCGGAGGCGGCGGAGGCGGAGGGGAAGUGCCUGUUUCCGGCGACCAGAACCGUGUGCUUAAGGCGGAGAUAGCUACACACCCGCUUUAUGAACAGCUUUUAGCAGCUCAUGUGUCUUGUCUCCGUGUUGCUACACCGAUUGACCAGCUGUCUUUGAUUGAUGCUCAGUUAGCGCAGUCUCAUAACGUUUUGAGAUCGUAUGCUUCACAGCAACAACAACACGGUUAUCCUCUAUCACCCCAUGAAAGACAAGAGCUCGACAAUUUCUUGGCACAAUAUUUAAUAGUGUUAUGUACUUUCAAAGAACAGCUUCAACAACAUGUCAGAGUCCAUGCCGUUGAAGCUGUCAUGGCUUGCCGUGAAAUCGAAAAUAACUUACAAGCUCUCACCGGGGUGAGCUUGGGUGAAGGUACAGGUGCAACAAUGUCAGAUGAUGAGGAUGAGCUGCAAAUGGACUUCUCCUUGGACCAAUCUGCCUCUGAUGGCCAAGAUUUAAUGGGUUUUGGUCCCCUUCUUCCCACUGAAUCCGAAAGGUCUCUAAUGGAGAGGGUCCGUCAGGAGCUCAAGAUCGAACUCAAACAGGGUUUCAAAUCAAGAAUUGAGGACGUGAGGGAGGAAAUCCUACGCAAAAGAAGGGCUGGAAAAUUACCCGGUGACACAACCACAGUGCUCAAGAACUGGUGGCAGCAACACUCAAAAUGGCCUUACCCAACUGAAGAUGACAAGGCGAAACUAGUGGAGGAGACAGGGUUGCAACUGAAGCAGAUAAACAACUGGUUCAUUAACCAGAGGAAGCGCAAUUGGCAUAGCAAUUCUCAAUCUGUGACUUCCUUAAAGUCCAAGAGGAAAAGGUAAGACAACAAGCUCCAUCCAUCAAGCAUUAAUGGCUUAUUAUGUGAGCUGUUGGGGUUAAAUAAUCGUGGGCUAGCUAACAUUUUGUGAAAUGAAUUUGGGGAGUUUAGGUGAUUUAAAAAAUAAAAAAAACCAGGUUUGUAGAUUGUAAUAGAUUGAGCUUUUUAUGUGUGUUCUAUGUAGAUUCAAAAUCCUAACAAAGUAAAACGUGCUUCUUGUAAGAAUCUAUGUUCUUUUAUAGAUAUCUCUAAUUUCUAAUGUUCGUUAUAUUCGUU